AUGAGUGUCCCACGCGCACGGGUAGUAGAUCUCAUGAAGGCACAAUGCAAAGUCUUUGCGACCACAUUUAACCCUGAACGAACGCGACUGGGCAACAAAGUUCUGCGCCAACGCCUACGCGGGCCCGCGAUGGCCGCCUACUACCCCAGAAAGAUUAUCACAAUCAAGGACGUCAAGGCUGAAUUCGGUCCCGAGCUCGCUACGUGGGAUCCGGACGAGGAGGCCCGUUUCGAGUACAUUGAAGAACUCAAGGCUCGUGGGAAGAGUAACCCGAAGAAGAAAUCGGCGCCUGCGGCUGCCGCACCUGACGGCACCUGCCACGGCCGAAGCCGGCUGUUCUUUCGAACGACUACCUUACCGACUGGCAACCGUCGCCCCUUGCAGAUUCUGGGUGCGUUUUGCAUUUUCUUCCUUCUUGUGCUCCAGACUCUUCUUCUCCCGUUACCUCCAGCUACACCCAUGCAUGCAGCAGCCUCGUUUUGCAUUUUGUCUUCUUUUCUCGAAUGCGUGUUCAUCAUCAUUUUUUGCCAAGAGACACACGCAAGCCUUGUCGAUGGCUCUCGUUUCCUGGCAGCUCCGAACCUAGUCAAGGCGCUUUCGACUUCCAAACUUGCCAAUAACCUUGGAUCAAAGAUGGCAACGGAAGACGGUCUUGUCAAAGACACAUACCCUAUGGAUAAGUUGCUGGCCAAGCUUUCCGAACAACAAGCCACGCUGAACCAGCAGUCCACCCAGCACAAGGCCAUGGAGGGGCAUUUCUCGUCUUUUGCGGAGCUAGGAUCUUCCAGCACUUCACUUCCAAUGACCCCUGCGACCGAGGCCUUCCAAACAGCUGCCCCCACAACUCGCCCAGCCAGUGCAACUAUAGACGAGGCACGGCUCGAUGUGAAUGAAGUGCUGCGUCUCAAGCUGCAACUUGCACAAGCCCAGAACCAAAUCUCGAAACUUGAUCAGGAACUUGCGCAAUCACGAACGAGCGAGCCUGAUUCCACUACUUCGGGCUCAGCGGCUGGCAGACGAUCCGCUCCGGCUUCCCGUGAUAGCCCUUGGCCCAUCACCGAGGACUCUCAUUCCGACACAAGCGAUACAUUGUCUGCAUCUGCCUUUAGCCGUACAAGAGGAAUUUGGGGCCAGCCAAAAGCUUCUUCUUUUAGCCACAACAACAGCCAAUCGAGCGUUGCGGAUCCUUCGCCUACGAGUUGGUUGGGAGGUCGUGCAGCGCACCCUUUUGCUGAUCCUGGUGUGCCUUUUCCUGUCGUAGAUGGUUUCCGAGACCGUAUGACCCAAGAGUCAGACAUGAUGAGCCGCCCUGGAAAUAAUCGACGUGGGACCCGAUACGACAGUCGGGGAGUGCCUUCUGGUUAUGUCGCGGCACACGGACCGGGUGGAAACUUUUUUGACUCGAUGAGUAGUACCAUGAAUGGCCCAGCCAUGAAUAUGAGCCACCCACAGGCGGGCUCCGGUAUGGCCAUGUAUCCGCAGUAUCAGCAGCAGGCAGCUGGCACAGCACUGUCCCCGCAUGCAUCCGAGUUCACUUCAAAGGCAGGAUGGAAAAAUGAGAAGUACAUCGUUGACAAGAUUGUCUGCAAUAACGAUCAGCAAGCUUCCAUUUUCUUACAACAAAAGCUCAAAGUGGGCACGCCUGAGCAGAAAUACGAGAUAGUCGAAGCCAUCGUCGCCCAGGCCUACCCGCUUAUGGUUAAUCGAUUUGGAAAUUUUCUAGUUCAGCGUUGUUUUGAGCAUGGCACCCCAGAGCAGGUCAUCAAAAUUGCCGAAGCCAUACGUGGCAACACUCUCAGUCUUUCCAUGGACCCCUUUGGGUGCCAUGUUGUGCAAAAGGCUUUUGAUUCUGUCCCUGAGAACUACAAAGCAAUCAUGGUUCAUGAGCUGCUUCGCAGAAUCCCCGAGACUGUUAUUCAUCGAUAUGCAUGCCAUGUUUGGCAGAAGCUGUUCGAGCUACGUUGGACCGAAUCCCCCCCACAAAUCAUGACCUAUGUCAACGAAGCUCUCCGUGGCAUGUGGCAUGAAGUUGCAUUGGGUGAGACUGGAAGCUUGGUAGUCCAGAAUAUAUUCGAAAACUGCCUCGAAGAAGAUAAGCGCCCGUGCAUUGAGGAGGUGUUGGCGAACAUUAAUAUUGUUGCCCACGGUCAGUUUGGGAACUGGUGCAUUCAGCAUGUAUGCGAGCAUGGCGGUCCUCCUGACCGAAGCCGGGCGAUCGAUCACGUUAUCCGCUACGCAUCCGAAUAUUCGACGGACCAAUUCGCAUCGAAGGUUGUGGAAAAGUGCCUCAAAAUUGGAGGCACAGAUUUCCUCGGUCGCUACUUGGACCGUGUGUGCGAAGGGCGCCGUGACAGAACCCGAAUUCCCCUGAUCGACAUUGCCAGCGAUCAAUAUGGCAAUUAUCUGAUCCAAUGGAUUUUGAAUAAUGCAACACCGCAGCAUCGGGAAAUGGUAGCGGCACAUAUUCGCAAGCACAUGGUGUCUCUUCGAGGCUCCAAAUUCGGCUCGCGAGUUGGGAUGCUUUGUACCAACCAUGCAGUGACGACACGGCCAGGACACGGAAGCGGACCAAGCAUUCCAGGUCGGUUGCCCGGCCCAAGAUAUGGCACCAACUACAGAUAA